AUGACCAUCGUCACUGCACACGCACACUCAUUCACCACCACCACCACCAACACCAACACCAACACCAACACCAACACCAACACUCGGCUUAGAAACAACAGUUACUUCUUGCCGGAGCAGGAAACCACAAAAAGUACUUCCCGUCCUGCUCAUCCACUUUCACAAUCCCAACCACAGGACGCAUUGGAUUCCUCUCUUCAAACACAACUCUCACGACAGCGAAGUCGAAUACAAGCUCUCUCCGUUGCCUUGGGAUUCAUCUUUGCUGUGUGUGCAGUGGCUCUGCUCUCUCCCAUUAUCGUUUUGGUGAUUCAUACGAUGGAACAACAACAAAGACAUGCCCAUGAAGAACAAGUCAAACAAGUGGCGAUCACGGCUGAAUUGUUGAUACGAAAACAAGUGGAAGUGUCGUUUGGCUCGUUGAAUAUUUUGACCAAUGUGGCACUUGAAUGGAAUUUCACCUUUGAUUGGGAGAGAUUCAAUCGACUUGGGUCUCGCUUGAAGCAACAAUUUCCUGAAAUUGAUAUGUUUGAAUAUGCUUUUACUGAUGAAUAUGUGUUGAAUUAUAUCUAUCCUUUGCAAGGUGUGGAAUUCAUGAUUGGACAUCAUAUGGGUUUGAAUACUCCAGCACACAUAGCAGCCAUUCAAGAAGCCAUUCACACUAAAGAAACCAAACUUUUCGGACCCAUCAACCUCAUCAAUUUAGAUCCAAACUCCAUUGCUGUGAUUGCUCAACAACCCAUCUUCUUUCCCAAUAAUGGAAGUUUCUUUGGUCUCAGUGUGGAAUUAUUCAAUUUUAUGUCUCUCUUCAAUGAAAUUGAUUUGUAUGAAGUGUUGGCUGGUUAUCAAUAUCAAUUGUACGAGUACGCUCAAAAUCAAAUCUUUUUGGAGAAUAGAAGCGGAACCAAGAAUGGAACAGAAGGACGAAUUGGUGUGAAGAAUGUGAAACCGUUGGAAGAUGCUUUGGAGAGAAAUAUGAGUGUUCUCAAUUCGAAUUGGAAAAUUACGUUGAGACCUGUGGAUGGAUGGAAUACUGGAAGUUUUUUAUGGCUGGAAAUUUUAAUUGCCAUUUUGGUUGAAUUUGUCGUUUUUGUUUUAGUGAUCUUGGGAGUGAAUCAAUUAAUUCAGGAUUAUUUUAGGAAGAAAGAAUUCAAAAUCAUUCAGGAUAGUUUGGAAAUGAAAGUGAACGAAAGAACAAGAGAUUUAGCCAACUCUCAUAAUCAGCUGUUACUUUUGGUCGAUAGAAUUUCAUUCGAAGAACAAAAAACAAAAAAGAUCAUGAACUCGCUGGAGGAUGCAGUCGUGACAAGUGACGCCAAUGGAAAAGUCAUUCACUGCAACAAUGCAUUCUUUAAGAAUUUUGGAUAUACAGAUACAGAUUUAUUAGAUCGAGCAGUGAUUUCAACCAUUUUACCCCAAAUUGAUCUCUCCAACUUGAUUCAAGAAAUGAGUCGAACUGAAGCUAACAAUCAUGGUUUAUCUUCGAUUCAUUCCGUGGAAACGAAUGCAAAAACCAAAACAGGUGUUUCUCUCUCUGUCAAAGUUUCUGUCUCGCUAAGUCAAAUUUAUUCACAAUCGAUUACACGUUUCUCAGUGGCUGAGAACAACAGCUCAAGCACAGUUCUCACAGCUUCAGAGAUUCCCAAUCCUCAACCGCUCGAAAAUGUUCAAACUUCUCUCUUGAAAGAUAAUCGUCAAGAAACAGUUUGUGUCAUUUUGAUUCAUAUUCUGGGCAAGAUUUCUCCCUUUGGAUCCACACUGGUGAUGAAUAAUACAUUGGAAAUGGAAUCAUCUCCAAUCCAUGAUUAUCCACUCACAAAUCAACAAAUGACUUUCGAAUUUAAAGAAUUUUUCAUGAAUUUAGAAAAGAGAAAACUCUUUAAGGAAUUUUGUGCCAAUGAACACAACGAUGAAAAUAUUCAAUUCUUAGAAGAUGUGCUCUUCUAUAAAAGUUUAGGAUUCAUUCAGGAACGAGUGAAUAUGCAACAAGAAAUUUUUGAAAAUUAUCUGAAAGCGAAUGCUCCCAAACAAUUGAACAUUUCGAAAAAGCAAUUGGAAACACACUCGUUCAAAAUAAGUAGGGGUUUGGGAGAAUUUGAAUUGUUCGAUGAGUUGGAGAAGGUCGUCAUUCAGAACAUUAUUCACGACUCGUUUAAGAGAUUUAUGGACAUGCGCCAUUAA